AAGAUUCCGCGCGCUCUUGCAUCGUCGAUAUUAUAUACGCAACAAAUGUGUGCAUAUUUGACUUGCCAAGCUAACGUAAACAUACUUCCUGGAUCAACAUAUCUUGUCAUUUUUGAAAGACAAUUGUUAAUAAACGAAACUAAUCUCUACUUCUCUUCGUUUAUCCGUUCUAAAUAGAUUUGAAAUUCAGUAAACGCAGUUUUCAACACAAUUGCUUGGAGAUUAUCGGAGAGUUUGCCGGGAUACACUGCAGGAUUAAUCAUGGACACGGUCCAUUUUCGUUCUUGAUCAACAAACAUCUUGUUCACUUUGCAACUUGAAAUAAUUGAAUCAGAAGAACGUUUCAUUCUUCGGAAGAUCCUGAAAGACAACAUUUGGAAUAUUGGAACAUGUUUUGAACCGCUGCCACACAGUGUUUACCUCGAUAUCAUCAGUGAAACUAUACUUGGAAAUUGGAGAACUAUUUUUGCUCACCUGCAACCCAUUGCUCUACGUGCAACACCGGUGUUGCAAAGCUGGAGCCGGUAAACUCCUCCGCAAAUUCCAGACUCAUCGCUAUUUUUCAGACCGGUAGGAAAGUGUCACCGGUUAGGACACAAAAAUGCAUCGACUUCAGACAUUGAUAAAAACAGGAGGGCCAUCCAUUUUGGCGGCCUCACGCUCGAUUCAGAAUAGGACCCUUUCGAGCAGAACGUUUAGGCCGCCUGCCCUUUGUGGGCAGGCCCGCACGCCGGUUAAUGUCCACGCCUCAACUCCCGGCGCCAAUGUUAGACGUUAUGCGGCCCCUGUGGCUGCUGAGCCGUUUUUGAGCGGUAGCAAUUCAAACUAUGUGGAAGAAAUGUAUCAGUCUUGGCUUGAAGAUCCAAGUUCUGUGCAUAAGUCAUGGGACAUUUUCUUCCGCAACGCUCAAAACGGUGCCGCUCCGGGUACGGCGUAUGUGGCACCACCUCCCAUCUCUAGCAAUUUUCCCAGCAUGCCAAGACCAACAGCGACCUCAUCUCACCCGGCCAUGUCACUGGCACCCUCAAAGGCAGUCUCUGGCCAGCUGGACAGGAAGGUCAUCGAGGACCAUCUUUCAGUGCAAACGAUCAUCAGGUCGUAUCAGAUUCGAGGUCACUACAUGGCUAAGCUUGACCCUUUAAACAUCUCAUCUGCAACGACUGGUAGUCUACCGGACAUUGUUGCCGCUGGCCAUCCCACCUUAGGAUUAGAUGACAAAGACAUGGAUCGGGUCUUCACCCUCCCCACGACCACGUUCAUCGGUGGUGACGAGCAGGCCCUGCCCCUCCGAGAGAUUAUUGACCGGCUUGAGAAUGUGUACUGCCGCAGCAUUGGUGUAGAGUACAUGUUCAUCAACGACAGGGAGAAGUGUGACUGGAUCAGGCAGCAGUUUGAGAAGCCUGGAGCCAUGCAGUUCUCCAAGAUGGACAAGAGACUCAUCCUGGAGCGUCUCAUCCGCUCCACCAGGUUUGAAGAGUUUCUUGCCCGUAAGUGGUCAGCUGAGAAGCGAUUCGGCCUGGAGGGGUGCGAGGUACUCAUUCCAGCCCUGAAAUCGAUCAUCGACGAGUGCAGUGCUAAGGGGGUGGAGAGCUUUAUCCUUGGCAUGCCCCACCGUGGCCGACUCAAUGUCCUUGCCAAUGUCGCCCGAAAGCCGCUGGAACAGAUCUUUUGCCAUUUUGACUCCAAACUUGAAGCUGCUGAUGAGGGCUCUGGGGAUGUCAAGUACCAUCUUGGAAUGUCCCACUCCCGUCACAACCACAUCAGCAAACGCAACAUCAACCUCGCUCUGGUAGCUAACCCAUCUCAUCUGGAGGCUGUUGAUCCUGUGGUCCAGGGCAAGACCAGGGCGGAGCAGUUCUACAGGGGCGACACUGAGGGUAACCAGGUGAUGAGUAUCUUGAUGCAUGGUGAUGCCGCUUUCUCUGGCCAGGGGAUCGUCUACGAGACGUUCCAUUUGUCGGAUCUCCCAGAGUACUCCACUCACGGAACUAUCCAUGUCGUCAUCAACAACCAGAUUGGAUUCACCACUGAUCCUCGUUUCUCCCGGUCCUCCCCCUACUGUACCGACGUGGCCCGUGUUGUCAACGCACCCAUCUUCCAUGUCAAUGCUGAUGACCCGGAAGCAGUCAUGCACGUGUGUCAGGUUGCCUCUAAAUGGCGCUGUAGGUACAAGAGCGAUGUCGUCAUUGAUUUGGUAUGCUACCGUCGCAAUGGUCACAACGAGAUGGACGAGCCGUUGUUCACCCAACCUCUGAUGUACAAGAAGAUCCGUGGUCACAGUCAAGUCCUCAGGCAAUACGCUAAAGAGAAGAUACAGGAAGGAAUCAUGACGGAACAAGAGUUUGAGGAGGAGCAAGAUGGCUAUGAUAAGAUCUGUGAGGAUGCUUACCAGAAUGCUAAGAAAGUCACUGAGAUAAGGAAUGCUGACUGGCUCGAUUCACCUUGGCAUGGUUUCUUCAACAAGGAGAUCCCUCUUCAAUACCCAUCGACCGGUAUCGAUGAAGAGACCUUGAAUUAUAUCGGAGAGAAGUUCAGUACCAACCCUGAUGAUCUCACACUUCAUGGAGGUCUGAAGCGUGUUCUCCGUGGACGUAUGGACAUGGUGAAGAACCGAACCAUUGACUGGGCUCUGGGUGAGGCUCUUGCCUUCGGUUCUCUGCUCAAAGAAGGGAUCCAUGUCAGAUUGAGUGGACAGGAUGUAGAGAGAGGCACAUUUAGCCAUCGUCAUCACGUUUUGCAUGAUCAGAAUGUGGACAAGAAGCGCUACUAUCCUCUCAAUAAUCUCUUCCCUGACCAAGCUCAUUACACUGUCUGUAACAGCUCGCUCUCAGAGUUUGGCGUUCUUGGUUUUGAGCUGGGAUUCUCUAUCACUAACCCACGUGCCCUUGUCGUCUGGGAGGCCCAGUUUGGUGAUUUCCACAACACAGCCCAGUGCAUCGUAGAUCAAUUCAUCUCAACAGGACAGGCUAAGUGGUACAGGCAAAGCGGACUGGUUAUGCUGCUUCCUCAUGGUUAUGAAGGCAUGGGCCCUGAACAUUCUAGUGGCAGGCCAGAACGUUUCUUACAGAUGUGCAAUGAAGAUGCUGACGUGAUCCCAGAAAGGAAUGGUGAUAUGGAGGUCAAACAGCUCUACGACUGUAACUGGCAGAUCCUGAACUGUAGUACACCAGCAAACCUCUUCCAUGCCUUGAGAAGACAGAUUCUACUCCCCUUCCGCAAACCUCUUGUGAUGUUCACACCGAAGAGUCUUCUCCGUCAUCCCGAUGCCAGGUCUUCAUUUGAUGAAAUGAAGGAAGGUACGUUCUUCAAGAGGAUGUACCCUGAGGAAGGUGUCCCAGCCCAGAACCCUGCUGCAGUCAAGAAACUGAUCUUUUGUACUGGAAAGGUGUACUUUGAGCUCAAGAACCAGAGGGAAGCCAGAGGACUCACCAAUGACAUCGCCAUCGCCAGGAUUGAACAGAUUUCACCGUUCCCCUUUGAUCUGGUGGCCGAGGAGGUAGAACGCUUCCCCAACGCCAAACUCCAGUGGGUACAAGAAGAACAUAAGAACCAAGGAUACUGGACCUACAUCCAACCUAGGGUACUCAACUCCAUUGGACAUGAAAGACCUCUUGGAUAUGCUGGCCGGGCCGCAUCCGCUUCCACUGCUACUGGGAACAAGAGCACUCACCUUAACGAGCAAGAGAGCUUCUUUAAUUGUGCCAUGAAUAUCGACUAAAAUUUAUUCAUUAUUCAAUGUAGUUAAACACACUGCUCAUAGUAGCUGGAUUAUCAUAUUGCAAUGCACAAUCUGGAACAAUGGAUGCUACUGACCGUUUACAUUCUCAAAUUUUUGCACCAAAUUCUAUCGGUUGAAUUUCAAUUUUCAAUAUCUAGACAAAAUUGCCUGAGCUUGCUGAGCAUUGAUGGUAUCUUAAAGCAAACAAAACAUAAAAGAAUAAAAGCUUGAAUAUGCAUGUUACGGUAUACUUCUAUUUGUAGGUGCUUUGUGUAAUGCGGCUUCAAAGCAAAACACAUUGAUGUUACUGAUGCAUCAGUUGUAUUGUGGGAACUCGGGAACUGACAGAUAUGUCUCUUUCUAUCCGGAUAAUGCAAUAUUGGAAGCUACUGAAAUGGAAGAUGCACUUGAUUUAAAUAAAUGCAGCAUAGUAGAUUGUGAAAUAUCAACCAUUUAACCAUAACUUUUCAAAUCACCCAAAUAUGAACUUGAAAUAUAUCAUCAACAUAAACUUGCUUGAUUCUGUGGUUUAUUUCACUAAAGGUAUUAAAUCAAUUGUAAUUGAUGUCAUUACGUUUUGUUUUUUUACUUCUCCAUUUUUGGAAUUUCUGGAUUCUUAUUUUCGAAUUUCAAAUUUGUUUUAUGUUUGCUUGUUUGUUCGAGACUAUUUAUUGUUCAAAACCAAUUUGUUUCUUCUUUUCAUUAUUCUACUUACACUUUCUUUCUUUGAUUUUUUCUCUUUUUUUUGGGGGGGGGGAGGGUGAGGGAAACGAAACUGUAAAAUAAAACUGAACAGCUUGUAGCAUAUUGUUACAAAUAUUAAAAAAACUCAAACUGCCAGUACAAAUUUGAAUUUCGAAGGAUGGGGGUGGGUGGGGAGAGGGAUAACUCAUUUUACAAGACUAAUGCUUAGUUUUUGUCACUGCAUCCGUAGAAUGCACACAUUGAUCAGGUAAAUUGUCUACAUUUGCAUUUUAAAACAUACAAAGUUCACCAUAAUUACAAUUAAUGUCAUUUAAAUGAGCCAGUGUCUGAGGAACUAAAAUUAAUUGUUCAGAAUAGCUAGGUAUCCAGUUAGACUAGUGUUAAAGUGCCUUUUGAUAGACCCGACAUCCCCCCCCAAAAAAAAAAAAUUGUCUUAUUGUAGAACGUCUAGUUAGCUGUUUUCUGCACAGCAUGUUAACACUCGUAGAGUGCUUCCAAUGUAUCAUGCACUUCUUGUGGUUUUAUAAAUUAUUCAUAUCUAGUUUGGGGUUUUAAGACCUUCUUGUCUUAAAACUGAUGUCCAUUAUAUUCUAGUGACUACACUUUGAGAGAGGGUAGUUUGCACUUUUUAUCGCCAGGCAACAGUCAUGAGAAUUUAUUAAGCAGAGAAAAUAUUGGAUUUUUAAAGAGUAACAAAUUUAUUUACUCUGAUGGUUGUGGCUCUGCCGUGAAUAGAAUUGAAAUCAUAUGUAUCAGCAAUGCAAAGAUAAUUGGCGUGUUUUUUGUACAAUUUCUACUGUUAUUUAAGCAGCUUUUAAACGUGAAAUAAACAACCUUGUUACGGGGCAAGGAAUUGGUAGUCUUUUCUUAUUUCAUGCCUUUGCGCUUCAAUUUUUGUGAAAUUGAAAUUGUCGGCAAGGAAAUGUCGAAUUUGAUGAAGUUGGGUAAAAUUACUUGCUCAAAUGAAGAUUACGUAGAUAUAUUAUUAAAUAGUCUUUUAAUAUGAAUAUAUUAAAUGUGGAUGAACGAAUAUCGAUGCACCUCGUCUGAAGGUAGCCUAUAUAUAUCUGGGGUGGGUGAACAAAGUGAGCAUUUCUGGAUGUUGUUGUUCAGUUUCCACUGCAAGAUCCUAUUAUUUCAGUAGUGAGUUGAUAUCCUCUUUUUUCUCAUGAAAUGUUUUAUUGAAAAUGUAUGUUUGCUGUCAUGAAGUGAGAAGAAGCCUGAAGUAUUGUUGUAUGUUGUGUAUCAUAUUUGGUUUAAAAGAUGGCCGGCUCAUUACUGACUGUGAAAAGAGAGGAGAUGAAAUAUAAAUUAAAAUUACAAAAAAAAAAUAUUGAAAAUAUA